AUGGCUAUGGAUCCUCAAAUGAACAAGCUCCUCAAAUGGAGUGUCGAAAACUCCCAGCAAAAAAACGAAGAUGGCACCGUCACUGCCCCUCCUUCCGCCACGGAGGCUUCUCGCAACUUGACCCCAGACAUGAUCAAUGCUCUUCUCGGUGGACCCUCGGACGCUGAUCUCAUGAAAGCGGCUAUUGAGGUCGUAUAUUCUGAUGAGUCGGACCUAGAGAAUAAAUUGAUUGCAUUCGACAACUUUGAGCAACUGAUCGAAUCCAUUGACAACGCCAAUAACCUGGAACCCUGUGGCCUCUGGACUCCUUUGGUUAAGCUUCUGGAACAUAAGGAAGCCGAAAUUCGCCUUUAUGCAGCCUGGUGCAUUGGAACCGCUGUCCAGAACAACGAAAAGGCCCAAGACAAGCUCAUUGUUCUCAACGCGAUUCCCAUGCUUGUGAAGGUCGCUACCUCCGACUCAGACUCCGCUACUCGCAAGAAGUCCGUGUACGCGCUCUCCUGCGCCGUCCGCAACUAUCAGCCAUCUAUGAACGAACUGGUCAAGCAUCUCCCUGAGGGCUACCCCACUGAGAAGGUCGACGCUGGAGAUAUGGAUGCCGUGGACGUCAUCAUAGACAAAUUACGCGCUCACCCCGUUGAUUCUGCAUGA